GUUUCCUUUGGCCUCUAUAGUGAUCAAAUAAAUUGCCAAGCUUUUUAAGAUGUGCAGCAAAGCCUCCCUCCAUCAGAUAGCUGCCGUGGCUGCAAGUCACAGCUAAAAGGGUAAAUUUUAAUCCAUUUUGCUGGAGCUUAAAUAGGAGGCUGCAAGAUCAUUUUGAGAGAUUUUUUUUUCCAUCUGUAGUUAUUCUGUAAAGUAUUUCUGAUCCUCUGGCAUUGGAACACAAUUAAAGAAUAUCAGACUAUUUCUCCAACUCCCGACAUAACACCAAUAAUGCUCACCUAGGAACAAAUACAAUCUCAGCGGCAACGGUCAGAAAGCUGAUUCCCAUAGAGAGUUCUGAAAGCAGAGCAACCCUGAAAGCUACAUAAAAGAUUUUGCUCCACCAUUUUUGUUACCUAUAUGAGGUUCUUCAGCUUUAAGUCAGCCCACUAUCACUUGUAAGACUGAAACCUUCUCCUGCAGGAGGGCCACUCAUUUAAGAGAACUUGAAAGUUUCUUGCAAAGGAUGUUCACCUUCUCUGUCGCGGUUUUCACACUAUAAUGGAUAACACAACCUUCUCAGAACUUAAUGGAACUGUGCUCCAGAAGAGAGAAUGGCAUGGUCUGGAAUACCAAGUGGUCACUGUUUUCUUGGUGGUUUUAAUAUGUGGACUUGGUAUUGUUGGUAACAUCAUGGUGGUUUUAGUGGUUCUUCAGACCAAACACAUGAGAACCCCAACUAACUGUUACCUCGUGAGCCUUGCCAUUGCAGAUCUGAUUGUGUUGGUGGCAGCUGGACUUCCCAAUAUUACUGAAAGUGUCUAUGGCUCGUGGGUGUAUGGAUAUAUCGGAUGCCUCUGCAUUACAUACCUUCAGUAUCUGGGCAUUAAUGCUUCGUCCUGUUCCAUCACAGCAUUCACAGUUGAACGAUACCUGGCUAUAUGCCAUCCAAUUAAAGCACAGUUCUUAUGUACCAUAUCCAGAGCUAAAAAGAUCAUUGUUUUUGUGUGGGCAUUCACAUCUCUGUAUUGCCUCAUGUGGUUUUUCCUGCUGGACCUUAACACGACCAUCUACAAAGAUGCUACUGUGGUCAACUGUGGCUACAGAGUCCCAAGAAGCUUCUAUUCUCCAAUCUACUUAAUUGAUUUUGGUAUAUUCUAUGCUGUGCCUAUGACACUAGCAACGGUCCUAUAUGGACUUAUUGCGAGAAUUCUCUUCUUAAAUCCCAUUCCAUCAGAUCCUAAAGAAAACUCGAAGACCUGGAAAAAUGAUGUUACUCAUCAAAAUAAAGCCUUUAAUUCAAAGAUGUCAAGUAGAUGCUCCAAUAACACAAUAGCAUCUAGGAGACAGGUGACCAAAAUGUUGGCGGUUGUGGUCAUUCUGUUUGCCUUUUUGUGGAUGCCCUACAGGACUCUGGUCGUCGUGAAUUCUUUCCUGUCCCGCCCUUACCUUCAGACUUGGUUUGUGUUAUUCUGUCGAAUUUGUAUUUACUUAAACAGCGCCAUCAACCCUGUCAUCUACAAUCUCAUGUCUCAGAAAUUCAGAGCCGCAUUCCGGAAACUCUGCAAGUGUAAGAAGAAGAGAUCGGAGAAGCCGGCCAACUAUGGCGUGGCGCUGAAUUACAGCGUCAUUAAGGAGUCGUCCAAUGGAGGGAGCCCCGAUCACUUUAGCACCGAGCUGGAGGACAUCACAGUAACAGAUACCUAUUUGUCUACAUCAAAAAUGUCCUUUGAUGACACGUGUUUGCCCACUUAGGUAACUUUCGACAGAAUAAAGACACUCAGAGGUUUUGAGAUGUAAAAUAUUGGGAACAUAUAUUACUGAAAUAACAUGAAUUAUUCCUUCCAAUGAUGACAUUCAGCAGCCAUUUUGGGGGAAGGGGAUGGGGUGGUUCAAAAAAAAAAAUGGUGUAGGGUUUACUAUGGAGCAGUAACCUGAAGCAACCACAGUUUUCAUUCCCUUAUUCUUACUGGAGGUGACCAUUCUGAACCAAUUGCUGAUUGGUCCCAGUUCUGGUUUACAAUUACCCCCUUCUCUGAGAAACCACCUCUGUGAAUAUAAUUUAUUUCAAAUUUACCACCAGGGGCAACAUGGAUCUAUAUGUGAGAUUCAAUUUUUUCCAAAUUUUCAUGAUUUAUUCAACUGAAAACUUGAAUGAAAAACUUUACCACUAGCGAUGAGCGAAUCUCUCCUGUUUCGCUUUGCCAAAAACUUUGCGAAUCCUUCAAAAGAUUCGAGAAAGGGUGAAAAAUUUGGGAAACGGCGAAAAUGUUGUUCGUCAAAACAAUUUGUCGCACGCGCAACAUCAUUUUUUUGACACGGGCGAGAAUUUUUUUUACGUGGGCAACAAUUUUUCGUCACACAGUGAAUUUUCCAGUGGAGAAUUUUGCGAAAUAAUCCGCCAAUGGCGAAAUGCGUAAAUGCGAAUCAAUGCCAGGCGAAUUAUUUCACCCAUCACUAUUUACCACUUAAAAAGUGUUCUUCUACACUCUGUAGAAGUCAUGGGGGUGUAUCUAAAUCAUUCAAGAAAGAUAAUGUUCACAUUUUGAGAUUUUCAAAAUACCUGUAUCUGGGGAUUUUUGCCAUCAUUCAUUUUUUAACAGCAAUUAAGCCAUUCAAGUUUUCCCAUAUAUACUGUAUGCUAGUGAUCAAAGGAAAAGAAUCUGAUUCGAGAAGCUUCUAAAUUUUGGAAAAACCGUGGAGAUUUGUUCCAAAAAUUCUGGCAAAAUGAAUAACUUGGCCUCGGGGAUCCCUAUUAAUCAAAAUUUGAAUUUGUGAGACUUUAGAGCUUUUUUCUACUUCUACGAAUAAACUCACAAUUGAAAAAACUAAAAUGUUAGCUUAUUUAUUAAAAAAUCAGAAUUUAAAAAACUCGAUUUAAUAAAAUC